GCCACAAACCAGUAGGAGGUGGCUGUAUUGUAUCUAUUGUAUCCCUUGGCUGGUGCAUUUUUACAGUUCUCUGGACGUGAAAUUGAGAGUGAAAAGCAUGGCAGAUGAACAAGAAAUCAUGUGCAAAUUGGAAAGCAUUAAAGAGAUCAGGAACAAGACUCUGCAGAUGGAAAAGAUCAAGGCCCGUUUGAAGGCUGAGUUUGAGGCACUGGAGUCAGAAGAGAGGCACCUGAAGGAAUACAAACAGGAGAUGGAUCUCCUGCUGCAGGAGAAGAUGGCGCACGUGGAGGAACUCCGACUGAUCCAUGCUGAUAUCAAUGUGAUGGAAAACACCAUUAAACAGUCUGAAAAUGACUUAAACAAGUUGCUAGAGUCCACCCGGAGGCUUCAUGAUGAGUAUAAGCCGCUGAAGGAGCAUGUGGAUGCCCUGCGCAUGACAUUGGGAUUGCAGAGGCUUCCUGACUUGUGUGAAGAGGAAGAGAAACUCUCAUUGGAUUACUUUGAGAAGCAGAAAGCGGAAUGGCAGACAGAGCCUCAAGAACCUCCCAUACCUGAAUCCCUCGCUGCUGCAGCUGCUGCUGCCCAACAGCUCCAAGUGGCUAGGAAGCAGGACACACGGCAGACAGCCACCUUCAGACAGCAGCCUCCGCCUAUGAAGGCCUGCUUGUCAUGUCAUCAACAGAUUCAUCGAAAUGCACCUAUAUGUCCUCUUUGCAAAGCCAAGAGUCGGUCACGGAACCCCAAAAAGCCAAAACGGAAGCAAGAUGAAUGAAGAGAAGGUGAAGGGCUAGACCUUUGUUGAUCAUAAAUCCUCCCAUUGGCCAGAGUGAUAGAUGUCCUGAUUUUCUAAAAAAUACCCCUUCCUUCUCCUCUUGAGUCUUCUAUUUAAUUUUCUGGAAGAAGAACACCUCUCUCUCUUUGCUCUUCUUUCUUUCUGCUCUUGGGAUAUCAGGUUCAAGAACAGCUGUGGUUUGGGUGCUAAUGACUGGGUCUCAUGACCCCUUCUCUCCCUCUCACAUCUCAACUACUGUGCUGGUUUGGAGGUGACUGAGGGGUAAAGGCCCUGAUGGACUCUUUCUCUUGCUCCCAAGGACUGGAGCCUAUUGGGCUGCAGGGUGUACGGACUGGAGGAGGUCCAUAUCUUACUUUAAGAAAAGGCCUCAAUGAUGUCCUUCCCUCUCUUUUUGCCUUAGGUUCUGAAAGGACAACUACUUUAUUUUUGCCAGACUUCCCAAUGGGCUGAAUCUGUGUAUCUCCCCAGUAUUUAGCUCACCAUUAGAGCUCAGGAGUAACUUAGACAGGUGUUCUUUCUUAUAGUAAUGUGUGAGGCUCUGUGUUUUGCCAUGGUUCCAUCCAAGUCUUCCAAGUAUACUCAAGUUUUUACAUACCAGACUGGGCAUCUGGAGAUCCCAAGAUCUGUAGGUCUUUCCCUCUAUACUUUUUUUGUUCUUUGCAAAUCAGUAGGCAUUCGCUGCAGUGAAAUUAGGGAGUCAGACCCAUGCUACAAGCCUCACCCUGUUCACUGCUGAAAAUAGGAGGUCUGAUGGCUAUGGUAUAGGAAUUGUCUUGGAUUGAGAAUCCAGGAGCUGACUUUAGCUUUGUAUUUUGUUUAAAAAACAUCACUGUAAUACCUGCCCAAUUACCAUCACUAUCACUGGGAGGAUAAAAGUGAAUAUGGUAUUAUAUGAAUGCCAAUCAUUUUAUACAUGUAAGUGGGUAUGACUUUGUUUUCCAUUCUUCCCUCCCUUUGAGUCUGUCUUCUCUAAGGUAGCCUUGGUUAAGGAAGUUAUUGGUUAUUCUUUUCCUGUGGGUUGUGUAGGUGACCUUUCUCCCCCAACCAAGGGCACUAAGUUCUUCAAGCCCCACAGCUGACGUCUUUAUCAAAGCUAAGCCUCCUAGUCAUGUUACUCUUAGACCUAUGGAAUAAAAUCAGGGCUGACUGACUAAAAAGAUAUAGCUCCAGGUCUUUAUCCCUGGCUGGGAGAAAAGGGAGAUGUUUAUCAAUUUUUGUUUCUUUUUUUUAACUUUUGACUUUGAGUCACAAUAAUAUGUGUUCCAAACAUCAAAGAUGCCUCUGUCUUUUUAAAGUAAGUGUUAUGAUUUUAUAAAUCCUUUUAAAUAAACGUUCAU